AAUUUGCAUUUCGUAACUUGCCAUCUCUGAACUCUCCACGCCCCUCUCCGAAAAAUCUCUCUCUCCCUCUCUCUCCUGCACGAGCGCCGCCAUAUCCGCAGGCGGAGAGAGCCAACGCCGGCGACCUCCUCCGCUCGGCCUCGGCGGAUUCCGGUACCCGCGCGCGCUUUGCAUGACGAACGCUGCGGAGCUCUUCCACAGCAGGAGAUCUCGCCUCCACCGCGCCUCGGCGGCUGCGGCGGCGGCUGCGGCGGCGGCGGCUACUUCGGCGGUCGAUCAGGGGUUUGGGUACGAUCACUCCCCCGCCGAUCGGAGCCUCCACCCUCGCCGCCACCACCACCACCACGCCUACAGGCAUGACUUGGACGGCUGCGAUCCCCUCCGGCGGUCCCCGCACGUGCGCCUCCGGGGCUCCCACUCUGAACGUGUGUCAAAUUGGGUAGGGCAAGGUACUUCUUCUUCUGGCAAUAGCAUGAAUGUGCACCCUCCGAGCAGUGUUAGGAGACCUGAUAUUUCGUCAAAUGAAAGGCUUCCUGGUUCUGUGCUGCUUGCUAGGGAAAGACUUCUUGAAAGGCUGAGAGGGGUCUCUCUUUCUGGAAACAGGCGAAGCAGCAGGGAAUCCUCCUCCACGAAUCAUCAAGAAAAUAUGUAUGAUGAUCGUUGGAGGCUGGCAGACAUAAGUGAUUGGGGAGUUGAAACUUCGAUGCAGUCUUCAACUUUAAGUUCUCACGUUAUUGGAUUGUCCUUGCCGCCAGAGCCAAUUGCGACAAUGAGUAUGAAGAAGCCGCCUGGCCUGAGCCAGGAUGCAAUAGACCAUUUGCACCAGGAAUUCUUUGGCUGUGCUGAUAAGGGCACACAAGGAUUCGUGGAUGGGGUCAAGCGAGAAUGCUGUAUCUGUCUUGAGAUUUUUUUGGAAGGCGAUAGACUCACGUGUUUGCCUUGUGAGCACAAAUUCCACUCUGCUUGCUUGGUUCCUUGGGUCCGAGCUUGCGGCGACUGCCCAUAUUGUCGCGAAGCCAUAACUGUAAGUACUAGCCAAACCAGAUGAGAGGAAAUUGUGUGGGUAAUUAGAUUUCAAUUUUCUUAACUCUUUUAUCGCUUGCCUGUCUGUUCUUCCACUUGAAAGUACUUGGAGAGUUUGACUUAUAGGUGAUGAUUUCGUGUCAUUCUGGGUUUGUGUCGGGGGGAUUGUAUCACAUGGCAAGUCUCAAACACCUUGAUGAUGUAGACAUAUUUUUUCUCUACAUUAUGAAUUGCUUGACCUAUACAGAGAAAAAUAUGAACUGUC